UUCUGCUUCUGACCGCAGGUACACUUUCCCGUUCCAUCGCGUGAUGGGUUCGGAGGUGAGUCAGGAGGAGACAUUCAAACAUGUUGCACUGCCUGUCUUGAACAGUUGCAUGGACGGCCACAAUGGAUGCAUUUUUUGCUAUGGGCAGACAGGAAGUGGCAAGACCUACACUAUGAGUGGUGGAGAGGGCUAUGCCGAGAGAGGCAUCAUCCCGAGAUGCAUAGAAGAGCUUUUCGCAGCGGUUGAGCGGUUUCAAAGAUCCACUCCUGGAGCUGUUUCGGUGAGCUACUUGGAAGUGUACAAUGAAAAUGCGUACGACCUCCUGUGUGAGAGCGUCAAUCCCAGAACUCCUAUCGAACACUGGCCGAAGGUGAGCCUUUUGGAAGAUGAGAACGGCGAGAUUGUGUUGCGGAACCUCUCAUUGCAUACGACGCUCACUGAAGAUGAUGCAUUAGAUAUGUUCAUGUUAGGAAAUGUGAAUCGUAUGGUAUCGAGUACAGCUGCUAAUAUGGCAUCUAGUAGGAGUCACACAGUGUUUACACUAGAGGUCGAGCAAGUGAGCGAUGAGGGAGAGU